UAGAAUUCCCAGAAUCACUCGGGGUUUUGCUUUGCUGUCUGGACGCUCCCUGGCUCUCCCAGUGGAAAUAUGGAAAAUUCCGGUGACAGGAACACCGGAGGCUGGUCCAGGGUCAAGGCCCUAGGGAGUGGUGCCUUUGGAGUUGUUGAACUUUGGAGAAAUGCGGAAAAUGGAAAAACGAGAGCAAUUAAAAAAUGUCAAUUGGACGUAUCAAAGAUGUCACCAAGGCAGAUUGAAAGGUGGAACGAGGAGGUGGAAUUCAUGAAUCGAAUUAAUCAUAAAAACAUCGUUGGAACUAGACAAGUACCCGUUGGGUCGGUGGAUUUGAAUUCACGAUUGCCAGUGCUUUGCAUGGAGUACUGUACGAAGGGUGACCUAAGAGACGUCUUGAUCAGACCUGAAAACUUCUGGGGUUUGAACGAAACGGAGGCCCUCAGGAGUAUGCGAGAUAUAGCUUCUGCUGUGGAGUACCUCCACCACAACGGCAUCACCCACCGUGACCUCAAGCCUCAGAACAUCGUCAUUCAGGACUCCAUAUCGGGCACAAUCUACAAAUUGAUAGAUUUGGGAUAUGCCAAGGAAAUGGGAGAGGCCAGUGCUGCUGCAUCCAUUGUCGGGACGUUGAAUUACGUGGCACCAGAGCUCUUCUGGAAGGGCUCCUACAGCUCCUCCGUCGACUACUGGAGCCUGGGGAUUUUAUUCUAUGAAAUCCUGACCGGUACGAGACCAUUUUUACCCAACAUGGCGGUCAGCAAAAUUUGGCUAAAUCACAUGAAAAAAAAGGGGCCUGAGCACAUAUCCGCCCGGGAGGUGAACGGAAAAGUUGAGUUUUUCUCCAGAAUAGAGGAUCCCAGCAAUGUAUCCCAGUGCUUGAGGGAUGCCUUGAUUCCCUGGUUUCGUCUAGUCCUACAGUGGCAGCCCUCCAUACGGGGAAAAAUCGAGAAUAACGGAAAAACGGUGGUUAUGGUUUUCCGAUUGCUCGCUACAAUUUUCACGAGAAAAGUUCUCCAUUUAUUCUUCGUGUCGUCGUACAAAAGGGAGAGCUACUUCAUUGAAAAUACCACAAAAAUUCUGGAAGUACGGAAAAUGAUUUUUGAACGGGAGAAAAUCGAAGUUGAUGAUCAACUGCUCGUUUCGUCAGGAGGAAAAUUGCUGGACGAUCCUGAGAAAAUCAUUUGGAGUUUUCUAGAAGCAGGUGAUGAAGUUAUGGUUUUUGAGAGGGAAAAACACUUUGUCGAAACGCCUCAGGACGCAGUUCCGCCUGAAGAUGUUCAGAGGAUGAUGGCUGGAGGUUUGAGGAGUUGGGAUUAUCAUACCUUGAGGCGAUACUACGGGGCUGCGGUGUUCUUCAUGAACCAACAGGUGGAGAUCUACAAGAGAUAUCUCAUCGCUUUGAGCAUUAAAAUCGAUCUAGUCGGCACACAUUUCACAACUCUUUCGGAGAAGAUCGAAAAAAUCCUGGGAGACUCAUCCCUUCUGCACCAGUCCCUCCAGGAAAUUGUCUCACCCCCAGGGAACAAUGUGAAGCCUCCCCAGAAGCUGCAGGAAUGCCACCAGAAAAAUCUCCAUGAGAGGAUCUCGAAUUUUUUGUUAAGUGCUCGAGGAAUGAAAAAAAAAUUUGAAAAUCUCUCUAAACAGAAAGACAAUUGGACUGAAAAAUUUUCAAUGUUGGUUGACUCGUCGCGACUGUCCAGUAUCCUCGAUGAAGGUACUGGUGUAUUGAUGGAAUUCCUACCUUCAGAGCAGAAUAAACUGAGGAAACCCAAGAGGAUGAUCGCAAUCUGUUUCGAGUUUCUCAAGGUGAGACACGAGAUGUUGAGCUGUCAGAGACUGAGAGAUAUUGGGGAACACUUCCUGGGCUUUGAAAAAGAGAUAAUGAAACUGGAGAUGGCCUUAGAAUCUUUUGAGAUGAUUUUCGGACAGUGCAAGAGGGAUGUAGAGCAAGUAAGGGAGGCGGUGGGGAUGGCAAUGGCCGGAGGAGCUGAUGAGGAUGAUCUUGUGAGGAACAACAUCGUCCUGGGUCACUUAAUAAGUGGACUUUUGGAUGAAAUGGGAGACAUCAAAACUAAACUAAGCUCUUUGGAUUAAAUAACAAAUCCCAAAAUCCAGAGAAUUAUGUGAUUUAAUAGAGAUGUAUAAAUAUUGUUGUUAUUUUAAAAUUUUAAAAAG